GGCAGCUAGCGCGAGGCUGGGGAGCUGCGAGCGGCGCGUCGUGCCCUGCGCUGCCCAGACGAGCGAACAAUACAGUCAAGAUGGGUAAAGGUGACCCGAAGAAGCCAAAGGGGAAGAUGUCUGCAUAUGCCUUCUUUGUGCAGACCUGCCGAGAAGAGCAUAAGAAGAAAAACCCUGAAGUUCCUGUCAAUUUUGCCGAGUUCUCCAAAAGGUGCUCCGAGAGAUGGAAGAGCAUGUCUGGGAAGGAGAAGUCCAAGUUUGACGAGAUGGCCAAGGCCGACAAAGUUCGCUACGACCGUGAGAUGAAGGAUUAUGGGCCUGCCAAGGGUGGCAAGAAAAAGAAGGACCCAAAUGCUCCCAAAAGACCACCGUCUGGAUUCUUCCUGUUCUGUUCUGAGUUUCGCCCCAAAAUCAAGUCCACAAACCCUGGCAUCUCCAUUGGGGAUGUGGCCAAGAAGCUGGGGGAGAUGUGGAACAACCUGAGUGACAGCGAAAAGCAGCCCUACAACAACAAGGCGGCCAAGCUGAAGGAGAAGUACGAGAAGGAUGUCGCCGACUAUAAGUCAAAAGGGAAGUUUGAUGGUGCCAAGGGCCCUGCAAAAGUUCCCAGGAAAAAGGUGGAAGAAGAAGAGGAGGAGGAGGAGGAAGAGGAAGACGAGGAGGAGGAGGAGGAGGAAGAUGACGAAUAAACCAUCACCCCGUCUCCUUGUGAAUACCUUAGUGUAGGGACCACCGUAGCCAACUGUUGCUCUCCUUAGAUUUCAUCACUCCGUCAUGAUCACAUUGUAGUCUCAGAAGUGCUCUAGGAAUUGUCAGUGGUUUACAUGAUGUGGCCAGGGGAGUCCAGAGCACCCUGAAACUGUAUCAAAGCUGUACAUAGUUCCCAACAUUUUUCAAAAGAAAAGGCUCGUGUUCUCACUGUGCACUUUGCUGUUGGUAUGACAAGGCAUUUAAAGGUGUUCUCUGUUCUUUGGCAUUUUCUUUAUUACGGUGGUGUUAACUGUAUGGUUCUUGGGUAGAAAUCUUGAGUUCUCAUCUGUACAUAUCUAUAGUUUGUAAAAAAAAAAGUAAAAAAGCAAAAAGCGGAGACCAACUUGCUGCUUUGCGGUGUGGGGGCAGUGGGACAAUGCCUUGUCAGGGAGGUAGCUCAGGGUGAAACUGCAGGCUGGACCCCUGGGCCCUUGGAGGGCAUCCUUGGAGCAGCCCGCUGUCUGGUUGUGUAUAUAGUGACCUAGCGUUCUGCUGCCAUUCUUAGCUGUGGAAAAAAAAGGGGGGUCAGCUGGCAUGAGAAGUGUUGGGAGUUUUCUUUGUUCUGUGGGGUAGUUAUCAACCUUAUUCUACAACCAUCUGUGGAACUCCUUAUUGUCAGCAGAGCUGAGACUACUGCACCAAUGAGAGUUCAGAACCUUCUGUACUAAACAAUUUACAACAUUCUGUUAUUUUUUGUGUGUUUAGAAUGCGGAGAUGUUUUUGAAGUUAAAUAAACAGUAUUACGUUUUUCAAA